AGAAGGAUUAGAAAAUCUGAACUGGAAAGCAACCCAACGAGCUAACGUUAACUCCUUCAAAAACUCAUUCUAACCAAACCACUAGCAAAUAAACAAUAACAUUAUGCUUUAAGGAUUAUAAUUUUAAACAAACCUUACCAAGAUAGAUUAUUAGUUAUUUCAAUGAAACAAUGACAGGUACAAAUUAUAGAUGACAAUUGGUAGUUUUCAACGUAUAACCACCAUUAGUUGGAAAAUAAGUUGCACUCUAUGACCUUGAGGAUAAUCAUUCUAUCCUGAUGUAGUGAUUACCACAUUUUUGUUUACGUUGACACAAUUUUUAACAAGGUUUGCACAGUUUUCUUUUUCAAUUUGUAUUGGAUUAAUCAUAUCGACAAUACAAAACAAUAUUUGAACUAUUUUUUCAACUACUGUGCAAAGUGUGAUAUUUUGUAACUAGUGGAAUUGAUGAAGAUUGAAAUAACGACAAAGCUUUACUUUAAUCAUGGAUGAAAAGUAUCGUCACCUCUUGGAGAGGAACCACUACCUGCUUACAUCCAACAUAACAUUAACAGAUGAAAUGUACGACAAAUUGACAGAGAUGAAUGUACUUACAAGGACAAUGAUACAGGAUGUUAAGUCUAAAGAGGCAGGUGAAAGGGUGGCCUAUAUGCUAGAGUUACUAACCAAGCGCCCAAAGGCCGCAUACAAACAAUUCUGCUCAGUCCUUCAAAUAUGCAACCAUUCCUUUCUCUCAGACCACAUGUUACAGGAAGAAGCAUUUCCACAGAGUGAUGGUGUCAACAUCAAUGACCUCUUUUGGCGAGUACCCUCACUACAGAAACACAUCCACAACAAGGAGAAAGAUAUCUUACUAACCUAUGUCCAACAAAAGGUAAGAGAGGAGGUAAACAAAUCCCAAUGGCAGAGCUCCCCUGCAAUGAAAGCCUCUGCAAUGACCAUACGAGCCAAUCAGAUUGAUCAGAUAGAGAAAUACAAAGGAUUGCUUGUUCAGAAGGAGGCACAGGCCCACAGCCUUGAAGUAAGACUAAAAGAUGCAGAGCAAGGGGCAGCUAGAGAAACUCAUAGAUUACAAGACAACCUUAAGGCUUUGAGAAAUCGCUAUGACAAUGAUGUCACAAUACAAAUGAGGCAUGCAGAAGCUGGUGAACGCUCGAUCCAUCGACUUAGUGACAACCUUUUCCAUUUAGAAAACCAAGUGUGGGCAGUUAAUAAACUAAUACGGAAAUCAUUAGGUGAAGCACCUGAGGACAUAGAAUGGGAUCCUUUAAAUAAAAGUACUGAGACUUUGGAAACAAAUAUCAAUGCUCUCAUUGAGAAAUAUUCAAAUCUGAAGACAUUUUCUUCUGAAAUUGAAACAGUAAAUGAUAAAGAUAAAAUAGCUGUUUUAAAUCUUCUAAAGAUCCAUAAAGGAAGUGAUAUACCCAUUAUUGAUAUCAUUGAAGAAUAUACAGAGACUCUGAAUAAAGCUAUGGAUGACACAAUUUCGGAACUUAACAAAUUAGACCAAUCUUUAAGACCAAAAUCUUUAGAUUUCAAAUUCAUUACAGAAAUCAACGAAAUUGAAAGUAAUGCUGACAUGAAAGCAUUUCAUCAUUUUACAAAUAAACCCAUAACAUCAACAAUAAUUGGAGUAAAAAGGGAACUUAAUGAGCUUAUAAGAAGAGGAAAUGAGCUGCAAAAUGAGCUACAUGAUAAAGAGGUGAAAAUAGGGGAUCUCAAUAACCAGAUUGUUUUCUUACAAUCAGAAUUGUCCAAAACUAGAUCUCCUAGACAUAAUUUAUUGGAUAUUAAUAACAGGGAUCAAAGAUCAUUGAGUGCUGAAAACAGAUUCAAGCUCCCAAGUUUGUCUCCGGCUGGUACUCCACUGACGAGUCCCUUUGUAACCCCAGAUACAAGCCCCGUUCUAUCUAGAAGGAAACUAAGCCCAAACAAUCACACUCUACCACUCAACAGCCCUCCACCACAAUCGAUUGGAUUAAUAGAUGUCACUAUCAGUCCAAGGUCAGACAGUCAUCUUAGAAAUAAUGACAGCCAUUUUGUAACUGAGACCAGUAAUAUGAGGUCAUCAAGACAAAGAACUUUAAGUUUUGACAAAUCUGACCGACAUAAAUCAACAACAAACAACCUCAGUCCACGUCACGUUCCAAUGAUUUCGAGGAGCCCAUCUCCAAGAAGAAAACUGAAAAUCAGAGAUGGCAUGAGCCCAAACUUGUUGAUAAAUUCACCCCAGCCCAGUCCUAAGGCAAACAGGAAACUCAAAACAGAAGAUAAUGGCUCUAAAUCAAUGACUUCUGAUGAGAAGGAAACUGCUUCAUUGACAAAUAUUUGUUUUGACUCAGAAAGCGCAAAUCACAAAUAACUCAUGCUGAAAAUCAUGUACGAAAAAUGGAUAUCACAUUGUCUUAUAAUAUACAUUUUUAAAGAAUGAAAGUAUGAAAAUCCUGUCAAUGAAAGAAAGCUAAAAUUACAGA